AUGACAGAUGUGGCGCUAUCGGACGCACAGGACAAGCGACCGACAAGAGCGGCAGCAGAGGGACACGAAGACGACGCGAGUUGCCGAGUGGAGGCGAUAAGUCCCACGACAGUUGGAGAGACUGUGAUAAUUACGACAGUUGAAGAGCACCCUGGACGUGAGGGUUGGGGUGGGGUUCAGGUGACGACAGUUGGAGAGAGGGUGACGACAGUUGGCGAGCAUCAGGUAUCCGGGGGAUGCGAUGCUGCUGGUGUCGAUACAGUUGGAGAGAGUGGGAUGGAGACGACAGUUGGAGAGCAUCAGGUAUCCGAGGGGCUGGUGGAUGCGGCUGCUAGCGUCCGUAUCAGUGCAGCGACUGUCGAGUCGAUCAGUGAGACGAUCGCAGCGAGUGCGAGUGCGCACGUGGACGUGGACGAUUCGGUGGCUGCGACGUUGGCGAGUUCUGUGGACAGAGAGAGUUUGGAGACGGACGAUCGAGCUGGGGAAGAGAGUGAAGCAGCCAAGUAUAGCGUUGCUGUGUACGCGAUGGAUGAAAGUACGGAGAUGCAGGAGGACGACGGUAGUGAGCAAGUGGUUGAGGCGAAGAGACUCUUGGAACACGAAGGUGCUGAGAGUGCGACGACGACGACGACGGCGACGGCUGAAUUGAUUGCGGUGGUAGAUGAACAGACUGCUGACGUGACUUGUGAGAAAGAAAGUGCACAAGAAAACGAGAUCACGAAACACGAAGCAGCUGGUGAUUUGGAUAGUGCACGGCCUGUAUGUGCCGGUGCCGAUGACACGACGUUGAUCGGAAUCGAAACGGAGGCUUGCAAACAAGCGUCGGUUCCUUCUGCAGACGUGACUGAAGCCGACGAGCCGAUACAGAGCUCUGUGCGUUCGAAAAAGACGUCGCCAACGCGGCUGUCGUCCAUGAUAUCGCGCUUGGCUAGCAAAGUCACGACAAAGAAAGAGGUCCAAUGCGCCGAUCCGGCAGUAGAGCUAGAGCUGAAUGCAUCCUUGCCGGUCGAGAGCAUCGUGCAUGAAUUUGAAGCUCAUGAACCAGUGUCGCCGCAAACUCACCGUACGCUGUCGGCUGCACAAUUGGACGCCAGUGGAUCGUUACCGGUAAAGAACGUGGUGCACCGCCUUGAAGCGCAUGAUGAAGAAGAGAACGCCUUGGAGAGUCUCAAGAUUCGAACGAAACGCGAUUUUUUCUCGGAGAAAGGACGAAGUAUAUCUGUCAGCCAUGAAGCGGAGAAAUACAAUUCGCAGAUGGUGCAGCGUGCGAAGGAAGAAGUGGAAGCAAAGGAUCCACUCAAGUCACCUGCUAUGAAGCAAAGCCCAGCGUCCAGAAAGAGCUCUGCAAUGUCGAGCGUGCGGAAUAUGGCCAGUCGCUUUGAGAAGAAGGCAGACCAGUCGCUGGAUAAGCUUUCGUUUCGCACGGUUCGUAGCUUCUUUCCUACUGAAAAGAGCAUUCACGUUGGUGCGGAGAAGCAGAAAUACGAAGCACUGGAAAAGGAGAAACAAACGGCCAAGAAAGCCGAAGAAACGGGUGUGAAACGUAUGGCCACGGAUGAAGUCCACAAGUCUCGAAAGCAAAGUCCGAACGAGAUUGCGACGGACGAGCAUCUCGCAGCGGAAGCAGCUGGGCAGGGGACACCUGUCACGGUUGACACGUCUAGCUCACCGACUGAACCUGAUAAGACGGCCGUCAGUAGGGCUGGUCCUACUCCGGAGGCCCACUCUCGCCGUCGCACGAUCACUGCAGCCGACAGUUCGGGUGUCCGAGGUAUAGCUCAUCGCUUCGAGACGAAGCGUGCAAACUCAGUUGUCACCGCUCCCGUGCGCACCAUUGACACUUUCAUCGUCGCAGAUAGCGAGGCUAGUGUUCGUGUGUCUGCGGAGAAGGCCAGAUAUGAGAAUCAGGUCAAGACAUCAGCUCCUACUAAGCGAACCAUUGAUACUUUCAUUGUCCCCACGAGUGAAGCCAGCGUUCGCGUAUCCGCGGAAAAGGCGAAACUUGAAACGCUAGAAAAACCGGUCAAGGCUAUCAAGCGGACAAUCGAUGCUUUCAUCGUCCCCGAGAGCGAAGCAAGUGUUUGUGUAUCGGCUGAGAAGGCAAAGUACGAGAUGCCAGGAAAACAAACCAAAGCGACUGUACGAACGAUUGACAAUUUCAUUGUGCCAGAGAACGAAGCAAGUGUCCGUGUGUCCGCAGAAAAGGCUAAGCUUGAGGCCCCUGACAAGCUCGUCAAGGCGGCAGGUGUCCGUACCAUCGACACUUACAUUGUACCAGAAAGUGACGCAAGCGUCCAUGUAUCCGCUGAGAAGGCAAAGUUUGAGUCAAUGGAACAGCGAAUGCAAGCUGCUAGUCCUGCCGUUCGGACGAUCGAUACCUUUAUCGUACCGGAGAGUGAGGUGAGUAUCCGCGUCGCGACUGAGAAGGCGAAAUUGGAGGCGAUAGAAAAGCAAAAGAAGAGCGAGCUUGAGACACAAGCGGUGAUCGAGAAACAGAAACUGAUGAGAGUAACGUCGUGGGCAUUGGAGAGAGCUGAAUCGAAGAAGGCCAGCCAUUCAGCUGAUAUUGAGGCUGUCGGUGACAGCACGGUGGUCCAUCAGACAAAAGAGACUGAGGCGGCCAAAGAGAUGGAAAUGGAAUCCGAAGCUGAUGAGAGGAAGGAUAUCGAGGCGACAAAGGUGACUAAGGAGGGGGCUGAAGGAGUCGUUGAUGUCGAUGAGAGCGAGAGUGCCAAGGAGCUUGUGUCCAAGGACUCUAGUCUGGACUCGGAAGAUGAAGCAACCAGAGGGGCGGAGGUGACUUCACCGAUCGAGGUUGUCUCAGACACUGAGGUGAGCUCAUGGACUGAUGUGGCUGCGGAAUCUGAGAUGAUGAAGAAGGGUGGGGAACAACUCAGUGUGGCCGAAGAUACCGAAGUGGCCGUGAUUGAGAAAAUGGACGAUACCGACUUGAUCAAGGAAAUUGGUGUUGCAUCGGACACCAAUGACGCAGAAAAUGUGGCGAGUGAUGCCGAAGUGACAGGGGCAGACGAAAAGGCAGAAGAGGCUUCGAAGGUCGAGGAGGCCAAGAUGGGUGAUGUGGAGACGGCCGAGAUCGGAGAGACGAAGGCUGAAGAGGCCGAGGAAGCCGCAAAGAUGGAGGAGAUGACGGAAGGGACCGAUCUACUCGAAGUGGCAACGAAAGUGGAGGAAACUGAGAUUACUGACGUGGACGAGGAGACGGCUGUGCGUGUGGAGUUGGAGGCACCAGAAGCUGCCAAGGUGGAAGCGGCUGCAGACAUCGAUGUCGCUUUGAAAACUGAAGUCAAGCAGGCUGAGGCCAAGGAGACCGAAGUCAAGCAGACUGAGAGUAAGAAGACUGUAGUCACUGAGGAGGUCGUGAGGAAGACCGAUGUGACCGAAGUGACCGAGAGCACGGACCACACGGAGGAGGCUGCCGCGGUGUUCGAGACGGUUUCGAAAGACGAGGUCGAACAGACGGAGGUGGUCACUGACCGGAAAACUGAGACAGAAACAGUGGAAAUAUCGGAGGCAUUUGACACUACGGAGGAGGCCGAGAAAGGGACAACGAGCAGCAGUGUGAAGGAAGUAGAGGUGGCUCUCACUUUUAUUAACGAGGCCCGUGCGACAGCGGAACCAGAUGACGUUGUGCACUUGAACGAGGAUGACGGGUGCGCUCAAGUAGGUGAAGAGGUCGAAGAGAUGGUGACAAGUGCAAAAGAAGAAGAGUCGGAAGAAGUGGCGACGAACGAGGUGGGUGAGACUGCCGAGGCGGAUAAGGUUAUCCAAGAGGCGACGAUCGAGGAGGUGCAACAGGUGCGCUUCACGCGGGACUCAGCGGUACAAGUCGUUGUGGAGCGACAGACGUUUGGUGACAUGCUCUCGACAGCUCAGCACGCGCACUGGUUGUCGCUGCCAGUGAGCGCCAACCCCGCUCUAGCCCGCCUCCACUCCGUGCUGAGUGACCACGAUCUGCUGACGGCCUACGCGCUGUAUCCGAGCAAUUCGUCAUCGUCCUCUGGAUCGGACGAAGAUGAGUCGUUGCCUCACAUCCCGACGUCGAAGCCGUUUGCAGCGACAUGA